AGCCGCUGUGGUCUGUUGUUUUCCUGCUCAGACGCGGCCAGUUCAAGUUGCCAUAGCACGGUGAAACUGUGGUUGUUCUACUGUUAGCUAUCACUCACAAUGCGAAAAACUACCGGAUCUGGUGUAACGUAUUUAUAGUCGGUAGCAUUUAUUUCCUCUGUUUCCGCUGGACAUAUGCAUUGUUCUGCAGUUUUCACUAUAGUUUCACAAGGCUAAACUAGUUGGCUAACGUUGGGUUAGCUAGCUAGCUAACGUUCAUAGUAGUGACAGUUGCCACUUGUUGCUAGCCAGGAGGAGCAUCACCCUCAACAAUGCCUAGCGCACUGAUUGAUGGAAGAGGGCAGUUUGAAUCGUAGUGGUUUGCUGGUCAGAUAGCUCUGUCUCCACGGGUUGCUAAGGUAACGAUGACAUUUCCGCUAGCUAUGACAAAAGUAUCUUUUGCAAAGAAAGCUAAAAAUCAGGUCAGUUUGUUCGUUAAUCUGAUUAACGUUGCAGUUAUCAGUUAGCGUCGUCUGCAGACGAAGCUAGUGCUGGUCACUAAUCGUCAGCUUCUCCUACUCAGCCGUUUUUCGUUGUCUUCAUCGUUAAGCUGCCCUGUCCCAAACUAUGGAUACAUCCAGUGAGUCGGAUUCAUACGACAGGACGCGGGUGCACAGGCCUCGGGGGCGUGAAGCCCACCGCAGAUCUGGCCGGGACAGGGGCAGUGGGAGUGAUGGUCGACCCCUUAACAUCUCCGAGAAGAUCAGCACACUGGCAAGCACUUUACAGGACACCAGUAGGAACUUGACCAAAGUAGACCGGAUGCUGGGCCAAUACAGGGAGCAUACAGAUGAUCAGGCUGAAGCCAUGACACUGCUCAGGGAGACCCUGGAAGAGUCAAUCAGUCAGCUGCAGACGCAGAGGGUGAGCAGAUCCAACGGGGCUCUGAGUGCUUCUGCCUCCACCCUGCACACCAGUGAUCUGGAGGCUUGCUCAGGAUCAGAUGGCCAGCGUUUCUACCCUACUUCUCCACUGAAAGACUAUACAGGCACUCCAGGAAGGAGACGGAGGUCUCAGUCUGCCGGUGUUCGCUUCAAGGAUGCCAGCUUGAAAGGAGAGGAUAUUCACGCUUUGCACCAAUCCUUGAGGGAUCUGCGCUGUGACCAGCAUAGAAUGUCUGAUGACCUGGAUAGAGAAAUCCUCCGGAGAAAUAGGUCUGAUAUUGACACACGGCGAGCGAUGGAGAGCCUCACAGAGCACAUGACAACUUCCCCGAGACAGGCCUCAGUGUCUUCUCGUGUCGAGCGGCGUCUGCACGAGCUGGAGAGAGAGAUGCGCACGGAGCCGAGUGGUGCGGAGAGAGAGAGAAGGCCGAGUCAGCGGGGGGCCGUGUCUGACGAGCUGCAGGAGACUUUAGAGAGACGCCAAGUUCAAGCCCAUGAGAGAGAGGAGACGGUUACAGCCAGGCUCCUGAAAGCAGACAGGGAGAAGUCCAAGGUAAAUAUGGAGCAGGAACUGGAGAGAGCUAAGAGACUACUCGAACAGUCUGAGGAUAGCAGAGAGUCCCUUGUUCAACAGCUCCAGCCACAUGGCAACCACACUGACCGGGAGGAGGGAAGAGGGGGACUGCGAGGGCCAGAUCGUUUGGAUCUGGAGAAAGAAGUGGCGGAGCUGCGAGCCCGACUGCGCACCGCCUCAGUCCUUAGUGAGGUUGAAGAACUGAACAGAACUCUGGACCGCAAGGAGAAGGAGAGGAUCACACUCAGCGUUCAGGUGGAGGAAUUGUCAUCAGACCUGGCGCGGCGGGAGCAACAGCAGCUGCGAAUGCUGGAACAGUUGAGGGAGAUUCAGAGCCGGGGGCAGACGGAGAAGAGAGAGACGGAGGCGUUACUCCAGGAGAGCGCGCGGAGCAGGGAUGAACUGAAGGCCAGGGCCCAGGAGGCGGUGCGCCAGUGGAGGGCCAAGUGCAGGAGGCUGCAGAGGGAGCUGGAGGAGGAGCGAGCCCAGGCUCAGGCCCAUACCGACAAGGCCUCGCAGGCAGCAAGGGAAAAGCAGAGCUCUCAGGCCCAGCUGAAGGCGCUGAGCCAGCAGACUGAGGCGGCCCGCAGGGAGCUCGCUGAGAUCCUGGGCCGUCUGGCCCAGCGCGAAGAAGAGCUCCACCGCAAGGACGUGGAGCUGUCCGAGACCCGCCAGCGCCAGUUGUCACUGGAGCAGGAGAUCCGGGAGGUGAGGGAGGCCUCCGCUGCCCUGGAGGAGGAGACUCAGCGUCUGGCCAAUGUCCAGGCGAGACUCAAGGAAGAGAACCACAGGCUGGAAGAGCGAGCGGACACCCAAGCCCGCCGCUGUCAGAGAGACCAGGACACACAGGCCGAGCUCCAAGCCGCCCUAAAGCAGAUGACCUCCGCCCAUGCUCAGCUAGUCCAGCAGUUGGCUGAGGAGCAGAGCUCCAAGAAGGAGCUCCAGAAGAGCUGCGUGGAGCUCCAGGCUAAGCUAACGGCGGCGCGGGAGGAGCGGGCUGCACUGGGGCAGCAGCUGCAGCUCCAGAGGGAGGUGCAUCAGAAAGAACUGGACAACACAAAGGCCAUGAUGGAGGGCAGCGGGACAAAGAAGUACCGGGAAGUGCACGACAUGCUCAAGCUCUGCCGUCAGGAGCGGGAUGACAUUCAGGCACACCUGACGGAGGUCAAGGCGGAUGCAGCGUCAGACAGGGAGCUGUGUGGGGCGCUGCGCAUCAAGUUGGACAGGAUGAAGGAUGAGUGUGAUAAGCUGGCAGCACAGCUGAGCACAAAAGACGAGGCACACGCACUUCUCCACAGAAAGUACCAGCUACUCAAACAGGAACUGGAUGACAAAGUCAGGCUGGUUGAGCGGAGACGCCCUACCGAGUCAGAGAUUGUUAAGCUGGAGGAGAAGGUGUUGCGGACGGAGGCAGAGCAAGAGGCAGUCCUUACCUCCAUAGGGGAGGAACUAGAUGCAGCUUGUCGCAGCCUGGCUCGGAACGGUGAAGACAAACUACAGGCCAUCUCCCAGAAACCUGGAUUAGUGAAAGACCCCCACCGCUGGCUGGCUGAGACAAAGACCAAGAUCCGCUGGCUGUGUGAGGAGGUGCGGCAGUGCUACACAAGAGAACAGCGCCUAAGGAAGCAGCACCAGCAGACCAGGGAUCAGUUGAAGGCCCUUAGGCAAACCCGGGACUCGGAGCAGACGGCUCUCCUUCAGCGCCUGGACCAGCAGGAGAAGCUGCUGCACUCCCUCGACACUGAAAAGAGAGAGCUGUUGGAGAGGAGUCGCAGGAAGGAGGAAGAAAUGAGCAGCUUUCAGGACCGUGUUUUGGAUUUGGAGAUGAACACAAGAGUUGCCCUGGACCACUUGGAGUCAAUUCCAGAGAAACAAUGUCUGAUGGACAACUUCAAAGAUUUGGAGGAGUCCCAGCGGCAGAGGGAGAUGUUAGAGCACCGCUAUACCAAAUACAAAGAGAUCGUCUGGGACCUACAGCACCAGCUGGACGAGUCCAAACGCAGAAUCCAGGAGUACAGAGACGAGAAGCUGGACGCCACUUCCCGGAGCCUGAGACUGGCUGCUCUUUCUUCCUCUGUCAAAGGCCCCAGCACAUUCGUUAGCAGCGCGCUGAGAUCUGACACACUGUCUCCUCACAAACGCCUGACCAGUUCAGACUUGGAGGACUCCCUUUUCAACGGGGCCAAACCCCUCGCAGAUUAGCUCAACCUCAAGUGAACCUUCUGUGUGUCUACAAACACAUGGUGCUUACAGCUGAGACUAGGUGCCUGGUGCUCAUCCAGAACAAAGAAACUACUUGACUGUACUAAGAGGCCUUGGACUCAUCACUAGUCCUCCUCGACUACCUCAAUCUCUGAAGGUGCUCGGGAACAGAAGCAAGACUGUGAGAUUUCACAGCAAACUAUUACAAAAUACUUUGAGAAUAUACUGUAAAGUGUUGAAAUGUUAUUUAUAAGAACCUGAAUUGAAUGUAUGUAAUGAAAUGAACCGUAUGAAAAUGGUUUAAACUCAAAGUUUUACUGUUACAUUUCUUGCCAUUGUUACAUGUUAAAGAGCUUUAUUUGAUGUACUCUGAUUAUCAUGCCAAUGUGCUUGCGCUAAAAUGAUUUAGUACAACUCUACCCAAAAACACUAGUGCCUUUUCAACAAUAUGUAGUUCUUUCUUUACUGACAUACUGUGUUGUCUUCAUCAUGAAAAUGUGACAUAUCUGACUGAUUCUUUCUUCUUUCACUUUCUAUUUUUUGUGUCAUGCAGUAUAUGUAAAUGGAUGUCUAUUUUUUAUGAAAUGUGAAGAAAGUAUAUGCACUAUCAAUAAAUACCCAUGCAGCCAAUUGUUUGGUUUUAUAAGCGCC